UUUUGAUCGAUCUUUCUGGCGUUGAGUUUCCUCCCGCGGUCUUCCAAUGAAGAGAUUGGGAUUGUGCUGUCAAUAAUUUGUGCAUUAUUUUUAUCAGCGGAGUUGCGGUUUGCAUCAUAAAAUACUUUUUUUAAAUUUAUAAAGUGCAAUCUAUCAUGGAUACAUCUUGUGAAUUGAGCUCUGGUGAUGAAAGUUCCUACGAACUUUUCAAGCAGGACACUUUGUUCGCAGAGAGUUUUCCGCUGAUGAAAGAAAUCCGCAGGCAAGGGAAACUGUGCGACGUUACUCUCAAGGUCGACAAUCACUCGUUUUCUGCACAUAGAAUUGUACUAGCAGCUACAAUACCUUACUUUUAUGCAAUGUUUACGCAUAAUAUGGCAGAAAGUAGGAUUAAAGAAAUAACUAUGAAGGAAAUAGAGCCUCAUGCUUUGGAGAGUUUGAUAAAUUUUGCCUACAGCGGAGUAGUUAAAAUCGACAACCAAAACGUUCAAGGACUCAUGGUUGGUGCAUCAUUCCUGCAGCUAAACAAGGUCCGGGAUGCAUGUGCAGAUUUCCUUAAAGACAGGUUCCAUCCGCAAAACGUUCUCGGUAUCCGUCAUUUUGCAGAUACGCUUGGAUGCGCGCAACUAGUAACUGCAGCGGAUCGCUACAUACAUCAGUAUUUCUCCAAGGUCGCAUUAUCUGACGAGUUUAUGGGGCUGAAUUUUGAUGAUUUGAUUGAUAUUGUUCGUCGUGAUGAGCUGAAUGUUCCAACUGAGGAACGUAUUUUUGAUGCCUGCAUGAAGUGGGUUAAAUUUGAUCAACAGAACCGCGGUGUUUAUUUACCCAACAUACUGGCCAAUAUCCGUCUACCGCUUUUGUCACCCCAGUUUUUAGCCGAUAGUGUAGCGACGGAAGAAUUGAUUCGUACAUCGCACAAGUGCAGGGAUUUGCUGGAUGAAGCACGUGAUUUUCACCUGAUGCCGGAACGUAGGGCACUUGUUUCUGCAUCACGCACUAGGCCCCGAUGCUGCGAUUAUGUUGUUGGACAAAUUUAUGCCGUUGGAGGUUUAACUAAAAAUGGAGAAUCUGUGAGUACAGUUGAAAUAUACGAUCCCGCAACUAAGGAAUGGAAAAUGGGUGAAGCAAUGUCAAUGCUUCGUUCCAGAGUAGGGGUAGCAGUAAUGGAAGGAAAACUUUACGCAUUUGGCGGUUUUAAUGGAACUGAGAGGCUAUCAACUGUCGAGGUGUACGAUUCGAAGCAAAAGAAAUGGAGUCAAGGUAAACCAAUGAGAUGCAAACGAAGUGCUGUUGGCGUUGCAGCUUUAGAUGACCUCGUCUACAUUUGCGGUGGAUACGAUGGAGUAACCAGCUUAAGCACGGUUGAAUGCUAUUCGCCAAAAACAGAUUCGUGGACAACUGUAGCUCCUAUGAUGAAGUAUCGGUCUGCAGGUGGAGUAGCCCCUCUUGGAGGUUAUGUGUAUGCUUUAGGCGGUCAUGACGGACUUUCCAUUUUUGAUUCGGUUGAACGAUAUGACGUAACAACAAACACAUGGACUAAGGUGCGGUCAAUGCUGAAUCGUAGAUGCAGGCUAGGAGUUGCUGCACUUGGUGGUAAAUUAUAUGCUUGUGGAGGUUACGAUGGAAGUUGCUUUCUGCGUUCAGUAGAAGUGUACACACCCGAAAAGGAUCAAUGGCAAUUGAUUGCUCCGAUGAAUGUAAAGAGAAGUCGGGUGGCUUUAGCUGCAAAUAUGGGUAAAUUGUGGGCAAUUGGAGGUUAUGAUGGAGAAUCAAAUUUAUCUACAGUAGAGGUUUAUGAUCCAAAAACAGAUACAUGGACAUUCGUGGCACCAAUGCGUCAUCAUGGAGGAGGAGUGGGGGCAGGGGUCAUACCUAGCUUUGCCAAGUAGUUAACAUUCCCUUCCAAUUGCAUAUUGUGAUAAAAAUGACUCAGUUAUUGAGAUCCCUUUUAGCUUUAAGAGUAUUCUACUGCUGUUGUCAACAAAAAUCAAAUUGUGAUAUUUGUAUCAUGAUUAAGAUACGCGAUAUAUACCGUAAAUCUCAAUUCAUGCGAAUGAAAGUUACACAUGUUUAAAUUACAGUGGAAAAUAAUAACCCCGUUACUCGAAACAGUAGGGUAAAAAAUCAUACUAAUUGCAAAUGGUAA